AUUUAUCUGAUAUUUACUUUGAUGAAAGUAAUAUAAAUAAUAUUCAAAAAAAAAUGCUUGGAAGAAAAAAAACAUUAGUUUGGGAAUAUUUUGAAGAAGAUGGAGAAAAAAAAAAUAGGCAUAUCAGAUGUAUUUGUAAAUUAUGUGGAUGGACAAGAAAGGUUGGAAAAGCUUUUGAAAUGGUUGAACAUUUAGCUUUCACAUGUAUGCAGGCAACUGGAGAAAUCAAAAACAUAUUUUUACAAGAAAUAAAAAAUCGUACAACAUAUGAGAAUUCCUCUUCUACUACCACCUCCUCUACUACAGCCUCCUCUUCUACUAAACGAAUCAAAGUUCAAAAUCAAAAAAUUACUACAAU